CAGCUCCAAUCUAGAGGUGGUUUAGGGGUGCCCAAGUUAACCACGUAUUAUGAAGCUGCCAUUCUAGACUCCGCUAUUCGAUAUCAUGCUCCGAAACACACGUUCCAAUGGGCUGAUAUGGAAUCCGAUAGAUCCAAACCGCACUCCCUACUCCACGCCAUGUGGUCCCCUAAGAUCCAUCGACCACCGAAAUUGUCACUAUACCCCACCUCUGCAUUGAUGCUUAAAUACUGGGACAGGCUAAUGGCUACUAUAACCGAAAAAGGGAAAUUCUGCCUACAGGCCCCGAUUGAAGCUUUGACCAGACUGACACCUUGGUUGUCCUUAAAGACCUGGACCAAGUAUGGAGUGAAACUUAUCCAAGACAUAUGCACACAAAAAGGAAUCAAGCCAUUCCCAGCCCUGCAAACACAAUAUAACAUACCUAACUCUUGUAUCUUUCAAUACCUACAG